UGUAAGACAGUCUUUAUGUUGAGAUACUUUGUGUUGGUUCUCCACGCGUUUCAAGUGACACGUGCUGACUAUGAUUGCAUCUGUAAUUACAACGUGGAACUACCUGUAUUUUUGCAGAUGUCGAACACAAGCACCUAUCUGGGACCCAUGUUCAAAAACGACUGCAGGGCGAGUGUAGCGAUUACGACCCAGGAUCCACAUUGGUUCCCAGUACAAUAUGAUGAACACAGGAUUGGUUACGUCGAGUACACUGAGGGGGUAAGACUCCAGACAUGUUCUAGUGUUUCAUCCGUGACUUCUACAGAGGCAACUACAACAGCCACACUACCAACGCCUGCAUCAACAGCAAGCACCACCGUCGUUGACUCUACAACCUUGACAGCUCAUGUUACAACAGUUCAGUACGGAUGUGCUGAAAAGUAUUUUCAACAUGCCAUAACCUUCCAUGGGAAGCUGUUCACUAUCGACAAUACCUGCUAUGAAUUGGUAAAUACAACCAAAUCAUGGACGUCAGCUGAAGACGAUUGUCAAAGAAGAGGGGGUCAUCUUGUACAUAUACAGGACGAUGUUCAACAAAACCGCUUAUAUGGUGUUGUGAAACAGUACCUCCAUAGGCAUGUCUGGAUUGGUCUAAAUGAUCGAGAAGCAGAGGAGCACUUUAUUUGGAGCUCGGGUGAUCCCGUGAACUACACCAACUGGCAUCCUGGCAGGGAUUCUCCAGUACCCGAGUUUCUGCUCCACGAAGACUGUGUUAGGAUGGACAUGUCGUACACGGGGCAAUGGGAUGAUGUGCGGUGUGGCGAUGCCUUGGGCUACAUCUGCGAAUUCGCAACAAGCCCGUUAUCUGCCACCACCACUGCUGCCCCAAAUGCCCUACUUGAUAAUGACGGCGAUGUGCACGUCUGUCCCAGACAGGUGCAAUAUUACGCCCAGACAAACAACUCAACAGUUGGCCAGUUUAACCAAAGUUGCUACGAACUGCUGAAAACUCGAGUUACCUGGCGUGACGCAGAUGAUAUCUGCAAGAGGUCAGGUGGCCAUCUCGUGUCUAUCAACGACGCCACAGAGCAGCACUACAUCCAGGCGUUUAUGUCGCGACAUGGCCCCAAUGCCACCGUGUGGAUUGGAUUGUUUGACAGACGUUCGGAAGGUGUCUACCACUGGCUCUCGGGUGAGAAGGUGGGCUACACCAACUGGGUGAGCGGCCAUGUCACGCACAAAUCUAAAGACUGUGUCAUCCUGGACCCGUCCAGAGGGGGCGUCUGGGAUGAUGGAGACUGUACUUCCAGUCUGUUCAGUAAGGAAGAUCGUCACUAUGGCUUCUGUGAAUUUAAACUAAUGCCGGCUUCACACGCGGCAGUUUUGGUCGGCUGAUAGUCUGCGUAAAAUUAUUGUAUCAUUUUCAAAGAGAACACUCGCUAUGUUUUAUGUC